AUGGCUGCCAAGGGAAACUAUGACAACCGGCAUUUGGAUGAGAAUCAUCCGUAUGACGGUUCGGGCAUGGCCACCCGAACCUGCACCGAUUUGCCUUGUAUGGUAAUCUUCAUCGGAUACAUGAUUGGUAUGGGUUUCAUUUCUGCAUAUGGCUUUGAGAAUGGCAAUCCACGUAGACUCACACAUGCCUUCAACUACAAGGGAGAGUUGUGUGGUGUGGAUUCUCAGGUCUUUGACAAACCUUUGCUGUUUUGGUGUCGCGCCAACGGAACCAGGGCCAACGGAGACCCUGAAGCGCUGGACCUGGACGGUGCAGUUUGCGUUGACAGCUGUCCCGAUCAAUUCAGCUUGCUGAUGGACUGUCCUGGGGAACAGACCUAUCAGGUGCGAAAUGAUGAAAGAUCAACGGUCACCACCAUCACACAGAACAAAGUGAAAUUGCAGUCAUACCCGACCAAGGAGUUCGCAGGAAUGUUUUGCGUUCCUCACAACAAGCCAGAGUCGAAGUACUUGGGCAACGAUCCUUUGGUCGAGAAGCUUCUAAGUUCAGAUGGGCCGUUGGGAAAUGGCUACUUCCGCGUGGCCUCGGGCUUUGGCAGCCUACGUCGCUCCUGGAAACUGGUCCUGACUGGCGCUGGUGUCUCUGUCUUCUUGAGCUAUGUCUAUUUGGCCAUGUUGAAGAUGGCCCCAUAUUCCACCGCUUUCAUGAGUUUGUGUCUCACCAUCUUGGCGACCUUUGCAUUGUCCGUGUACUUUCUCUUGGGAGAGGUGCUGAGUGGUGAGUGGAUGGAAAGUUAUAUGAACAGCAACACCUUCUAUAAGCUGUUUACCAUCGAGUACGCAGCGAUGCUUUCGAAGGUUGUUGGGCUGUUGCUGCUCGCGCUCUUUUGCUUCAUGGCAGUUGCCUUGUCCUACAUGAAACGCUCCAUCACCAAGGCUUUAGGCUCUGUGAACGCCACCGUGGAGUGUAUCUUCAGCAUGUUCUGGGACCCGGCCGAGUAUGAUGUUGACUCCGAUCAUCGAGGUGCUACCGGCUACUCAAGCCUGACCAACAAGGUCUUGAACAUCCUCUACAUUGGCCUCUCUGAAGUUGACUUCGUCCUUCAGUUGCCCUUUGUCCUGGACCACUUCCUCAGCAUCUUCAUGCGCUUCAGCCUUUUGAUCUUUGCGGUGGUCAUCUUCUGCUUGCAGGAUUACUCCGUCCAAGAGAAGGAGGCAGAGACGCCUGAGGGCGUUAGCGCGGCACAAUUGGUAUCUGCAUCGACGUGGCUUCAGCCCUCUGACCAACGAGCAUCCUUGGCGUUGUCACUGGUGCAAGAGGCUGAACAAAGCACUGGCACCACAAUGAGGAGAACAAGGAAAAAGACUCCAAAGAAGAAGCAAGCCGAUACGGCCAAGGAGAACUAUGGCGUCCCAGCCAUGGACCCUCCAUGGCAAUCGACAGCCUCUACAGCGCCAACACCGACGCCAGCAGCUGCAGCCACAGAGACAGUGGAAAGCGUCGUGCUGAAGGAGCUAGUACAAGCUCUGGAGUCCUCCGACAACCCGCUGUCCGAGGAAGUCCAGGCGGUUGUGGAAAAGGCCAAGAAGCCCAUCGAGCCCCCGCCAACGGCGAAAGCUGUCAGGCAAUCUUGGGACAAGCUGGAGAAGAAAAGGAAGCAGCUUCAUCAAGCCCAAGUUGCACGGAGCAAUCUCCAUCGGUCAUGGGCCAAGUACAUCGAAGACUCUGUCAAGCGCUGGAAGUCAUUUGCCAGCGAUUUUGCAACAAAAGAUCAGGCGCUCGAGAAGAAGGUCGUCGAGGCCAAAGAAGCUAUGCAGGAUGCCAGGGAGAAGUACGACAAGGCCCGCGAUGCCAUCGAUCGGCAAGAUGCGGUGACGCUCGAGGCAGUCGAGGACAUCUCCGAUGGCAUGGACGAGGAGCCCACAGAUCGCAUCGCAACUGCAGAAGAGAUUCAGGAAGGCAUUGCGACGAUGGUCUCCUCCCUGGAAGCAAUUCGAGUUCGGCCUUCAGAAGAGCAGCCAGAGACAGAGCAGGCCAACAAGAAGGCCAAGCUUGGACACCAAGCAGAAGCUGCCAAGUCUUCUGCAUUUGGAGAACCGGCAUUCACGACCGAGUGGCAAGCAAGCAUACGGGCUCUUGACCUUGAGUACGAAGUUGCACAAGCUGAGCCUUGCAGGACUACCACAUCAGUCACAUGCCUCAAAACCAGAUCUUUUGCAGAGAGAACUCACCGAGUAAGUUUCAACCACCUUGUUGAGCUCUAUGUGGGAGCAGAGCUCGACCAUGACAUGCAGCGUUGGAACCACCUCAUUCAGAUGCCUGUCAAUGAUGCCAAGAUUCUACGCCCACUUGAGCGCCCCAUGAUGGACGAGACCUCAUUGAUGGCCACAGGUGAGUUCCAAAGAGAUCGCACACCACGACGUUUUCCGACACAACAUCAUCGUCUACAAGAUGAUCAUAGAAUUGCUCAGGAUCCGAAUGAUCCUCAUGAGCCAUCUGAGCCCUCUGAUGAUGAAGAAUCAAACAAUGAUCGAGCAGAAACAGAUGGAGAAGACAAUGCACCAGAUUGGUUUGCAUCCGUCCUGUUCGCCCUCAACUUCCAGCCGCAGCCUAUGAGAGUCAAUUGGAAUGACUACGAAUCCAUGCAUUGGGAUGCUGCAGUUGCGUUGGGCGUGUCCAGGCACCAUCUGUAUACAUUACAUCACCUACCAUUUCCUCCCCUUGAUCUUGCAGAUGCCGGAGUUGAAGCCCUCAUUGGACAUCGAUACAAUGAUAUAGGGCACGGAUCCAACCUUCAGCUGGUCCUCAUGGAUGUGGAGUUCCACAGUGCAGUUCCUGAUGUCCAGCCGGAAGUGGUCCGAAGAGUUGUGAGGCUUCCCAGACAGAUCGGCAGAAUGGCGAUGCUGCAAAGACUUGGACUCCGUGAAUAUUGCAGAACGACACAGCAUCCAUGCAUGAUUUGGCACAACCGAGAUCUCCUGUCGCCUACGAGUGCGCGCCCACUUGCACUGGCACAUGGACACUACAUCAGGGUUGCAGUGCCGCCUGGAGGCGAUGAAGUACUACACAUUGCCACACGCUGUGUUGCCAGCGCUUGUCACCAGGGCAUCUCUGCAGCUGAGCUCUGUGAUCGUCAUGCCCUCUACGUGUUGGGAUGGUACGACACGAUCAUUGGACCUCCACUUGUGCCUCUGCCCCCUGAUGAAGAUGUGACCAACCUGAUGCAGCUCAGUACGGUUGUGCCACCUGAAGAACGCUGCCCAUGGUUUCUCCUGCGGAAGCGCCAAUGUUUCAUUGAUGCCUGGGAGCAGCCCUGCCCUUUUCCGCUGAAAUGGUCAAAGCUUCCAGCCAUUGAGUUUGAAUCAGGUGAGGAGCCACGAGAUCAUCUUGAAGAUGAACCUCCGCACAGGAGAAGCACUUCACCGGCCUUUGAAAGACCUAUUGGGCAGCCUGCCAAUCCUCUACAAGGACAACCGGCAGUUAUUCAAGAGCUCUUCAUGCUAUGGUUGCAUGUGGCAACGACGCAGCAAGGAGGAGAGGACACGGUCAUUCCUGUUGAGACCUGGUAUCUGUCCGAACCUGGACAUGUGAUCUGCAGUGUCUCCCGUACGGUGAAUCUGGGCAGGGACUUCCAAUCGUGGCUUGGGCAACUCAUUGAGGAGUGGGAGGACGUUCUUGAUCGAACCACCACCAUACAGCUGCACGCUGUGCGCCCAAUGCCAAGAGCCACCAUCGCAAGACCCACUACCAGACCGCACAUCAUCCUGAAGCAGCGCACACCAGCUGACAUGGUCGAGAACCUGUAUACGGUUUUGGACUCUUCUGGUGUCACCCUGCGUGCCAGCCAAUUUGCAACAUUUGGCCCUCGGCCUCAAACCUGGUACAUUGCCAUCCGCCAGACAGACAUGCAUCGACAUUGUGACAGACCUGACUCUGCCAUUCAAUGCAUGGUGUGGCAUGGUGAUUUCCAAUUGCGAGCGCCCAUGGAGAUGGACAACAGGGAUGGAUUUGAAUUCACUGUGAUUGUGAACCCGAUCCCAACCACUCGGCACCCGCCAGAUCAAGAUCUAUGGCAAGAAGAAGAUGAUGAUGCACUUCUGCAGCUGUCUUCAGACAGGAUCACAUUGCAUCUUGAGAGCCUCAUUCCUGAGACAGUUGCAGUCAGACUGAUUGCCCCCAUUGGCACACAUCAAUUGCCGACGCCAUUAGAAGUUGCUGCACCUGGCGAGCCACAUCAAAUCGCUGCAGAACUACUGCAUUGGGGUCAUCACUGCCAGGUGCAUGAUUGCUGUCCUCAAGAUUGCUUCCUUUGCCUUCCUGCCAAUGAUUCCCCAUCAGAUGAGCACUGGCACUACGUGUUCUGUCAUGAUGAUGCACAGGAUUGCAAUGGUGUCUUUUGCCACAGUGCUGGCACUGACCUUGACGAGAUUCAGCUCAUGGCCUUCCUUUGCGACAUGGGAUAUCCAAGAGCAGUCAUACUUGCACAAACAGUCAUUGCGCAGCGUUGGAAGAAGGUGCUGUUUCAUCACCGUGAACCAGAACUUCACAAGAAAGCCCAGCCUCAGCGCACAAUGACUCCUUGGCCAGCGCGGGGUGAAGCACAGAAGACCUCAAGGUGUCUCUUCAUGCCUGCACACAGAGGUGAAGUUCCCGUGUGCGCACUGAAGACACCUUUUGACCAACAUGACCUGGAUGAGCUCUUUGCCUCUAGCAUUGAUGUACUUUGCACCGAUCUUUCUGGCAUUGAACUGCCGCCUGAAAUCAACGCGCAACUUCAGGCUGUGCCUGUGUGUCCUUUGACCAAGACAAGUGACCUUGAUCAAUAUGACCGCAUCCUGAUCUACACUGAUGGGUCGUCAAAUCCAACUAUGCGUCGCUGCAUGCCACAAAGAGCUGACGAACUUGGCUUCCCAGACACAUGGGCCAUGAUUGUCAUCGGCGAAACCUUCAUCACCUCGGAGCACUCCCAAUGCCAUAUCCUUGGAUGGACUGCACACCCAGUGAGAUAUGCAAAAGAAGGAAGUGCAUACAUGCAGAUCGAUGCCAUAGGGUCUGAUCUUGCAGAGCGUGCUGCGUUGAUUGGGGCCGGAUCAUGGCGGCUCGGCCUGAACCACGCUGUCCCCACGGUCAUUUGUACCGAUUCAAGCAAUGCGGGACUGCAAGCGUUUGGGAGAAUUGGAGCAUCCCAGGCCGAUGAGUCAUUUGACCUGCUUAGAGGCAUUUUCCAAGCCCUUGAGGCGGCACUGGGCCCUUCCCAGCUUGUCCUCCAGCAUAUCAGAUCCCACGCUGGGGACUGCUUCAACGAGUUUGUUGACGCAGCAGCCAAGCUCGAAGCUAGAAGGUCAUUGAACAUGAGAAGACAGAGAAUUGACAUGCAGCAAUGGCUUGAACGUUUCAAAUGUCUCUGGAUCAUCUUUCAGCACAGCAACGGUUUACCCACAUGGCACGAUGGCGUCAUGAACGCAGCAGCUCCGGAGCUACCAGUACCUGGCCUCCGACUUGACCAGCGCACUGGACUGUCGCAUCGUGGCAAAUGGGUGGACUUCACACUCAGCCUUGGCACCGCAAAUGUCAAUGCUCUAUCCAGAGGACCUGAUGGCUACGCAGGCAAGUUGCACUACUUGCAAGAUCAAAUGCGUGCCCUCAAGCUCAACUGCGUCGCUGUCCAAGAGGCCAGAUCUGAACAAGGAUGCUCACGACGAGCCAAUAUCCUGAGACUUUGCACUGGACAUCAAGGAGGGCAAUAUGGCAUGGAACUAUGGAUUGACCUUGAAGCUCCAUAUGCCUCGGAUCACAAGGGAAGAGAACAAUGUUUCCGUGAUUCGCAUUUCCUCGUUGUUCAUCAAGACCCUCGCAGAUUGCUGGUGCGAUGUGAUGCAGGCCAUUGGUCCUUUUGGCUCUUUACCUUCCAUGCACCGCAUUCUGGCUAUCGUGGCCUGGAACGUGAAGCCUGGUGGGCUGAAACGAUGGAGAUUCUGCAGCGAUGCUAUGACGAUGAUCCUCUAUUCGUACUGGCAGAUGCGAACGCAGAACCAGGAGAUUAUGAUGGAGAGACAGUGCAAAUCCGUGGAUUCCCAACCACUGCGAACACACCUGCAUUUCGUACGUUGUUGCAAUCCUAUGGCCUGUACUUGCCAGCUGCAAGUGAAGCCCACCGAGGCCCAAAUGGCACUUGGUCUCAUUGCAAUGGACUUAGUCAGCAUUGCAUAGACCACAUUGCGAUUCCACUGGCAUGGCAGCAGCGUUGCACACACUCUGAAGUCCUGGAUGCAUUUGACAUGGCCACAGCCCAUGAUGAUCACAAAAUGGCAGCUGUCCAAUUACAAUGGAGAGGCCGCCUUUGUGAUGACUCUGUGGCCUGCAAGCAGAAGCACAUCAAGAUGGCAGUGAAAUAUUGCCACCACUUCGACAUGCAUCAACGAAUCCUACAAAUUGCCCCUCAAGAUUGGCAUCGUGAUGUCGAACACCAAACGGAGCACAUCACGCAAGAGCUUCAUGAUCUGCUAGCAGCCAACCAAGCAAGAGAAUGCUCCUCUGGCAAGAAGCCAUAUGUCAAUCAGGAAAUCUGGGAGCUUCGCAGUCAGAAAAUUGUGCUCAGGAAGAAGAUCAAGGCAGUCAACUACAGACUCCGACGAGAGCUGUUACAUGACUGCUUCCUGCUCUGGCAGAAACAGGACCAGAGAGAAAGGAACCCAGAGCUAGGUCAACAGACCUUCAACUACGGUGUCACUCUCAGAUGCAAGUCACUGCACUUUGUGGCGCGACUUCGUGCGGUUGGAUGGCGUCUUCGGCAUGAACUGACCCGUAGCAAAAGCAAUGCCCUUCAACGACACCUUGAUCAACUACCUGAAGACACCUCUGCAGCAGAUUUCCUGAGGGAGCUCAAACCUUUCACUGGACCGACGAAUCCCAAGAAGGCCAAGCGUACCACUCUGCCCAUCGUCAAGAAUGACCAAGGAGAACACUGCCAGCUCCCGUGUGAGGCCACAGAGACCUGGAUCAACUUCUUCCAGAAUAUGGAGGCCGGCAAACGCAUGCCCUAUGAGGAGCUGCGGUCAAUCUGGAUCCAUGAGCUUGCACAUUUUCAGCAGGAUGACUUUGAGGUAGACCUGUCUGCUCUACCCAGUCUUGUCGACCUCGAACGUGCACUACGACGAGUGCCACGUGGCAAAGCUCAUGGACCUGACGGCCUCCCAGGUGAAUUAUGCCAUCAUCAACCGGCAGCAGUUGCGCGACUGCUGUAUCCGGGGCUUUUGAAGACCAUGCUACACGGGCAUGAGCCCCUGGUCUUCAAAGGUGGCAAACCCAUUGCAGUCUACAAAGGCAAGGGAGCGGUCGACGAUUGCAAAUCGUUCCGAUCGUUGCUCAUCUCCAACCACCUGGGCAAAGCAGUGCAUCGCGCUAUUCGCCAACGCACCGCAUCGGUCUAUGAGGCCUUUCUACAUCAACAGCAGACUGGAGGCAGACGCGGCAUUCCUGUGCAACUUGCACUACAUCAAGCGCGUGCUUUCUGCCGUCAAGCGAAAGAUGCUGGUGCCUCCACAGGCGUUUUGUUUGUGGACCUGACUGAGGCAUUCUAUCGCAUCCUUCGAGAAGCUCCUCUAGGUGGUGAAGUCAAUGAUGAGGUCUUGGCUCACAUCAUGGCAAAACUUCGCAUGCCAGAGGACUCUUUGCAUCGCAUCUACGAACUGCUCCAGGAACCACCUGCGAUUGCACAAGCCGGCUUGGCGCCGACCUUUCAAAGGAGCUUCAUUGCAAUCCAUCGCUCCACUCAUUUUUGGAUGCGUAACCAAGGUGACGUCUCCCGGACGUCCCUUGGGACGCGCCCUGGCGAUAGUUUCGCUGACAUUGUGUUCGGGUAUGCAUGGACCACUGUAUUGGCCAAGCUUGAGAGGCAUCUUCUGGCACAUGGCUGGUUACCACCUCUCCCUGCACAUCAUCAGCUUCCGCUAUUCGGGCACAGCUUCGAGAAGGAUCAGAUUGCACAUUUUUUGGGACCGACGUGGAUGGACGACCUCGCCAUCUGCGUGGAAACGAAGCAAGGCGAGCGACUGCCCAACAUCAUGGCCAAUGUGGGUAGCUUUCUGAUUGACCUCUGCGCCUUCCACUGCCUCUCGCCAAAUCUGUCUCCUGGGAAGACGGAGUUGCUUUUGAGCUUUAGAGGUGCUGGCUCCCGCAAAUUGAAGACGCAGUUCUAUGGCCCGAAAAGCGAUGGAGUUCUCCCAAUUGUUUGCGAACACUUCACACAAGCACUACGCAUUGUCUCCAAGUACAAGCACUUGGGUGGAGUUUGCCAUCACUCUGGAGACCAACGGCAGGAACUGAAGCAGAGAGCAGCGAUGGCGCAUCAAGCAUUCACCAAGCACAGGAAGCUCCUGUUCCACAAUCGCUCGGUUCCCUUUGCAAAGCGCAUCGAGCUCUUUGAGAUGCUUAUCCUGUCCAGAUUUCUUUAUGGAGCUGAUUCCUGGGUGGCUAUGGACAAUGCGACGCAGCAGACCUUCCACGUGACGGUCAUGAAGUUGUACAAGCGACUUGCACAAAUCAAGGUGGAUGACCAUUUCACGGACGCUGAGAUCCUGUCCAAAGUGCACCUCCCGAGCCCGUCUGAGCUCUUGAGACGAGCCAGGUUGAGGUACUUUGUCACACUGGUCAAAGCAGAGCACGAAGAUAUCUGGACGCUUCUAGCUCGUGACAGUGCAUGGCGCCAACUCCUUGAAGAUGACAUGAUUUGGAUGUGGCAUCAGCUUCACCAUACAUCCGACUUGAAAGACCCGAGGGAGCACUACCCGCAGUGGCUCAUGAUCGUCCAGACCAGUCCAAAGUACUGGAAAAACCUGGUGAAGAGAGCAUGCGCACACAGCAUACAACAACGUCAGCGGGUUUUGCACGUUCAAGGUAUUUGGUUGUAUGCAGUGCAAGUUGAGAUGCAAGAGCAAAGCUGGGGAGGCCCGAUGCCUCCAGCAAACAGAAGAAGGCAAAGACCAGACAUUGAUGGUGAGCUGUAUGAUAAUUUGAUCGACAUGAUCGCAGACGCAAGUGCAGCCCCGGACUUGUUCGUCUCCGCUGCUGAUUUGAUCUCUGAACGGGCUAUUUCAUGGACACGAUUGCGAAGCACUUUGCUCUUCCUCGUGGACACGCUGACCCAGGAGGACAACGCGAUCCUGCCCAUUGACGUGGAGACGAUCAAAAAGACCUUGCACAGUCUGAUUGGGCCUGAGAAUUGGCCCUUUCUGCAGCAGGAUAAGGUAGAAAGCUGUAGUGAUGCCGAUCUCACCACACUGGAAGAUCAUUGCGAUCGAGCGCGACGAUAUUUGGAGCGUGGAGCCCUCGCAGCAGUCCCGCGACCAUUGGGACGACACAGGGUUAUCUUACACCUCUAUUCUGGAAGACGCAGACGAGGAGAUGUACAAUUUUAUUUGGACCAGCUGGCGAGCAGUCAGACCCAUUUCAUGUUGCACAUCGUAUCACUUGAUAUCGUGAUUGACCCCAUCUACGGCGAUGCCAUGCGUGCUGAUACUUGCGAUUUUUGGUUGACCUCCAUCCGGAGCGGCUACAUCAUUGCAAUGCUCGCCGGGCCCCCGUGCGAGUCCUGGUCUCGAGCCAGGGGGGUUUCCCUUCAUGGCAAGCCCGCGCUUCCUGGACUAGUGCAGAGAUGCGGACCACGCAUCAUUCGUGACAUCCAGCACCUCUGGGGGCUGGAGAGCGUCACCAUUCGUGAGCUUGAGCAACUUCAAGUUGGGAAUGCGCUGCUUGGCUUCACCCUUUUGGCGCUCCUGGAAAUGGCACUGGCAGACGGUCAUGGCAUGGUUGAACACCCUGCCGAGCCUGAAGAUCUCCCCCAUGCGGCUUCGAUCUGGCGGCUCCCGCUCGUCAAGGCCAUCAUGCAGCUUCCGAACAUCGAAUUGCUCAGAUUUUCCCAAGGGUUGAUGGGCGCGAAAUCGCACAAGCCUACCCAUCUCCUCCUUUUGAAUUUGCCACAGCUUUUGACGUGUCUCCAUGCCAAUAGGGUCAGAUGUGAUAUCCCCAGGGCCGCCACGAUUGGUAAGGAUCAGUCUGGCAACUGGAACACGGCUGUGUUGAAAGAAUACCCGCCUGCUAUGUGCAGGGCUGUUGCUCAUGCUCUGUUUCAGGCCACCUCUGACCGACCGGUCAUUGAAGGAGCCGUCUGCAAGCUGGCGCUCUUUGCAGCUCUGAUAAUGGGUUUGACCUACCUGCUGGGUACAGCUUCCAUGAUCCCCGAGAUGUCGCUGGGAGCCGGAGGAAAAAUCACGGCCGUGAAAAGCAGGUUGGUGUUCAGCCAUGAGCAGUAUGCCAUGUUCUUUUACUAUGUCAUUGGUGCGAUUUGGCUAAUCGAGAUGAGUCGCAACAUGUCCAGUUUCGUCAUUUCCUAUGCGGUGAUCUUGUGGUACUAUACCGAGAAGCCCAAGAACUUUGGACCGAGCUUCCCAGUCAUGCGGGGCUUCAUCAUUUGCACCUUCUUUCACCUCGGCAGCGUGGCGGUUGGUGCGCUGAUCAUCGCUCUUUGCCGGCCCUUCCGCAUCGUCUUCCUACUUCUUGCUCGACAUGCGAAAGAUGGCGGAAAUCCCCUGCUGAGCAUGUUGGCAUGUUGCUUCAGUGGCUGCAUCAACUGUGCCCAACGAUACCUGGAGUUCUUGACCAAAAACGCCUACAUCGACACAGUGUUGUCCUCCAAAGAUUUUCUGACCUCAGCGCAGAAUGCGCAUGGCUUUAUGAUGGCCGACAAUGGCAAGGUUCGCGAACUCACUGGAGCUCUUUGGAUUAUCACUGUCUCGGUGGUGCCCGGGCCACCCAGUGUCGACAGGGCAGAUCAUUCCAGUGGGUCCCUGGGUCCCUGCCAUGCUCAAAGCGUAGGUUUUGGGCCCACAUCGCAGGGCUCCCAACACUUCUAA